CAGACGGAAACGAGGCUCUGGCGCCGCUGAUUGGCCGCGCGGGUCUGUUUCCGUGUCACGUGACCGGCGCGGGCGUUAAAGGCGCCGCCGCGGGUCUGGGGGUGAUGGCGAAGGGGGAGAAGGAGGUGAACGUGUUCCUGUUCGUGCCCAACCUGAUCGGCUAUGCCCGGGUGGUGCUGGCGGCCGCCGCCUUUUACCUGAUGCCGCACUCGCCGGGGCCGGCGGCCGCCUGCUAUGUCCUGAGCGCCGCGCUUGAUGCUGUCGAUGGCCACGCCGCCCGCGUCCUGGGGCAGGGGUCCCGGCUGGGUGCCAUGCUGGACAUGCUGACGGACCGGCUGUGCUCGCUGUGCCUGCAGCUCAACCUGUCGCUGCUCUACCCUCGCGCCGCACCCCUGUUCCAGCUCAGCAUCGCUGCCGACAUCGCCAGCCACUGGCUGCACAUGCACUGCGCCACCCUGCAGGGCGGGGGCAGCCACAAGAGCGUGGGGGGAGAGGGGCCAUCCGUCCUCCGCCUGUACUACAGCUCCAGGCCAUUGCUGUUUCUGCUCUGUGCUGGGAACGAGGCCUUUCUGUGCUGCCUCUUCCUCGUCUACCACUGGGAGGGACCAACUGUGGUGCCAGGGGGACCGGGGCUGUUCCGGGCCGGGCUGCUCCUCGCCGCCCCCAUCGCCGCCAUCAAGCUGGGGGUGACGCUGGUGCAGCUCGGGGGGGCCGCGCAGCGCCUGGCGGCCAUCGACCGCGCCGAGUACCGCGCACGCCAAUAAACCAGAGAGCCCGCACUGGAGGCACUGGGGACACUGGGGGGGGAAGAAUAAGGGACU